CUAUUAGCAGGCGCGUGGUAGUGAUGGCGGCUCGCAGUGAGACUUUCCCUGUCACUGGAUACUACUCCCGGCUCCUGCCGCCGCCGCGGCAGCCGCGUUCCGAGCCCGCCCUUUGCAGCAGCAGCGCCGUCGGGCAGCAGGGGCCAGGGGGCGGCAGCGCGGUGAGUGCCGGCCGGCGGCAGCCCGCGCGCCGCGCAGCAUGGGGCUGCUGGAGCGGACGAGGAAAGAAUGGUUCAUUGUGGGGAUCGUGCUGGUGAUCGCCGUGGCUAAGCUGGAGCCCGCCGUUGGGGCGAAAGGGGGACCACUGAAGCCAGAAAUUACGAUAACAUACAUUGCUGUUUCCGCUAUAUUCUUUAACAGUGGACUCUCAUUAAAAACUGAGGAGCUGACAAGUGCUUUGAUGCAUGUGAAACUACACCUUUUUGUCCAGAUCUUUACACUUCUGUUCUUCCCAACAGCAAUAUGGCUUUUUCUUCAAGCAUUAUCAGUCACACCUAUAAAUGAAUGGCUUUUAAAAGGUUUGCAGACUGUAGGCUGUAUGCCACCUCCUGUAUCCUCUGCGGUGAUUUUAACCAAAGCUGUUGGUGGAAAUGAGGCAGCUGCUAUAUUUAACUCAGCCUUUGGAAGUUUUUUGGGUAUUGUUAUAACUCCACUGCUACUGCUGCUUUUUCUUGGAUCAUCCUCUUCUGUGCCUUUUACAUCGAUAUUCUCACAGCUGUUUAUGACUGUUGUAGUUCCUCUUAUUAUUGGACAGAUUGUCCGAAGACGCAUCAAGGAUUGGCUUGAGAGGAAGAAACCUCCAUUUGGUGCUAUCAGCAGCUGUGUGCUCCUGAUGAUCAUCUAUACAACUUUCUGUGACACUUUCUCCAAUCCAAAUAUUGACCUUGAUAAAUUUAGCUUGAUUAUAAUAGUGUUCAUAAUAUUUUUUGUUCAGCUGAGCUUCAUGCUUUUAACUUUCCUCUUUUCUACAAGGAAUAACUUUGGUUUCACACCAGCAGACACAGUGGCUAUCAUUUUUUGUUCCACACAUAAAUCCCUCACCCUGGGCACUGAAGUUAACAAGACAGCCCAAAGCACCGGUGAAGGUAUAACAAUGGAAGGAGUCCGUGUUUCAGUGAAUGUAUAUAUGUACUAUACUGUACACACACAGAUAAUUGAGAAGACUGGUAUUUGUGAAUGUUGCUUUAGCGCAUAUUUUAUUUUUAUAUCUAUAUUAAAAAAGAUAUAUCUGUUUAAGUGCCUUAAAAAUGCAUUUUUGGCAAAAGCAUUGUUUCCAGAAGCCACUUUGUUAGUUACUGCAAGAGAUUGUACAGUAUUUUGUAGUCAUUUAGUUUUUAUUUUUCUAACAGAACAAAUUAUCAUAAUUAAAAGCUGUGUUCCCUUCAUCACCUCUCAUUUGAAGCUAGGAUGCACCACCUGUAAGUUAGUGUUUUAAACUAGCUAAAAUGACCCAGGGCACAUCCCUGUGCUGGCUAACUUUAGAGCAGUGCUUUCUGAAGUUCUGUUCAAGAUUAACUUGAAUUUCUUAUGUGAUUCUCUUAUCCUCCCUAGUCAUAUGACUGUGACAUGCCUUUUUCUUCUGAGUUUGUGUACACUCAGCAUGGGGCCAUCCAUUGGGUAGGAGCUGAGAAGCAUAAAUUAUUUGCAUUUGUUGACACAGUUGUCUAGACAUUCCUUCAAAGUUAAUGGUUUCUCAAGAAAUUUCUUUCAGUUCCGUAUUAUGAUAUCGUGGCAUUGUAGAUCUUAAGUGCAUCAUAAGUGUCUUCAAAGAAAUGGUCUGGUGCUUGAGUUAUGAGUGAAAUAUUUGCGUUUUGCAGCUAAGAGGGUUUUUUAUUAUUUAUCCAAGGUGAACAGAAAUUGUUUUUUUUUUCCUAUUCUUUCUUCCAAAUGCAACACAGAGAUUUGCAGUGACAGAAUUUAGUUGCUCUGUUUUAAAUAGAAUCUUUACCAUAGUAAAAGCAAAACUAAGUUAUAUAUUGCCAUGUUAAUAAACCUCUUGAGAACAAGAAAGUUGACAGUUUUUUUCUCUAACUGAGAAGGUUAUAAGCAAAUUAAGAAGGAAGCUUCUAACAACAAGAACAUUAUCAUGGUUAAUUUGACAAUCAAAUGCAAAUAUUUUCUUUUAAAAUAUAGAUUUUUUUUUUAAUAAACAGAGAAAAGGGACCAGGGAUACAUGUAUGCCCAGAAAGAAAGGAGUACAGGUAUAUAGUUGAACACACAACAACAAGCACUUUAUUCAAAACGUCAAGCAAUUAGAAUGGGUGCAUUAACAUGGACUCCAAGAUGUACCUAUCUGCUAGAAUUGUGGUGGUGACUUCCAUUAAAAAAUAAAAGGGAAAAAAAGUAAACUUCGAACAGUAAAAUAGAUAAAAGUACAGAGUUCAGAGGUAUCCUGCAUGUCACUAUUCCCCUUGCACUCAAUUGCAUUGCAAGUACUCACUGCAAACACAAAGGGGAAGAUCCUCAGUUUGUCUCUGCCAUAGCUCCAUUGAGCUAUGAACAUUUAUACCAGCUGAUGAUCUGUCCUAAGAUGCCUGGGAUACAUGUCCCCAUGUGUUGGUCAAAUUAUUUUUAGCUGUAUCUCUCCUGUUAUUCUUGGUUUAACAUAAGAAGAUUCCAUUCGGUGCCAAGCAGAGAUGCCUUGUGUUAGUAGAGGUCUCUAGUAGGCUGCUCCAUUGCCAUUGAGAUUAAAAUAUCAGACGUUAUUAUUACUGGUUGUCAGUGAUGUGUUUUGAAAUCAUCAGUCCCUAAUUAUAAAACUUGCAAGCAACAAAGAUCCUGCAAGGUGUUGACGUCCUCAGUUUCCAUUGACUAGAGUUGACCCAAUGAAACGAAACACGAAUGAGAGUUCAGAGUGCUCAGUGCUUUGCAAGACUGAGCCUGUAUUGUCUAAGCUUCUUUUCAGCUGCAAAGAAUGCACAGAGCAGUGGCCAGUGAGCUCAAAGAUGUUUUUGACAAGUGUGCCUUUAGAAGUGUGCUCAAACCCAGUUACGAAAGUAGAUCAAACGUAAGUUUUUAGCUCCAAAUAAUAAGCGUUUUCAAUAAAGUGGCUCCAUAUGCAUCAAAAUUCGUUUGCCUAAUGCUUAAGAACACUGGGAGCAGCCAAGGGUUGGCUAAAGGGCACAGUUCCAUUCUAACUUUUUUGUUUUGUUUCCAUGAAUCUGUCUGUGAACCCUCAAAGUAUAAAAAGGCCUGAUCCAGCUCCAAUUGAGAUCAGUGAAUCUUUCCAUUGGCUUUAAUAAACGUUGAAUCAGGCCCAAAGACAGCAUGAGUUUGUGGUUGACUGUUAUAAAUUAUUAAAAGAAUUCUAGCACACACAGUUGCUUUUUCCCCCUUCAUUGGUUGUGUCUUGUCUAAACAGUCAAUACACUGCUAAUAUUCCAACUGAUCUACCUCUCUGUACUGAAUCUAAUGCCUUCAGUACAUGCAACAACUAGUUUAGAUUCCACUGAAAAUGUCUGUCUUUGUUAUAAUUUUACUGUGUUAAAAAUAUUCUUAAGACUAUUUUCCAGAUAAUUUUGUUAGAUCCUUUAGUGUAAUUAGUGAUGGUUUAGAGCAGCCUAAAUGGUAUGUUUAUUCCUGUUUUUACAUAAAUUAAUGUUGGAUGUAUUGUUUUGAACGAGAUAUAAAGCAAAUCUGAAAUACAUUUUUAAAUCCAUACUUAGUGGAACUUAAUUAUUCAUAUCCAAAAUAUUCUGUUAUGUUUAAAGAUGGUUAAGCUGUUCAUUUUAUGCCUUCAAUUACGCUUACAUGUCUUUAUAAAAGGAACACAUGGGACUUAGUUUUGUUAAUGUGAAAUUAGGGGAAAGACAAACUUCCUUAUCUGAGUCUGUGUUUGGGGUGCGGGGUUGUAAGUUGAAGUUUCAUUCUUUUAUCAGUGAAUUUUCUGCAUGUUCCUUUUUAAAAAAAAAAAGUGUGAACAAUUUUUAAAAUAUUUUACUAAUUAAAUUGAAAAAAGUUCUUUGUCUA